AUGGUGGAGUCGCGAUCGGAUAUAGUGAAGAGACGAUCGAUUUUGCCGAAGUGGAUUGUGGCGUGGUUGUGGAUAUCGACGGUGAUCUGCCUGUUGGAUGUGGCGUAUACGAUGCUGAGGCCGAUGACUCUCCGAGGGGGUGCUUUGGGGAAUAUCUACAGUGAUGUGGAUUUGCGAUAUGCUGACGAAAAGGAUUUGGUAACGAUGGCAACAGGUCGUGUGAUGCUGCUCGAGAUUGUGAUGAAUAUCGUGGCGUUGAUCAUGGUAAGGUCGAAACAUGCCGAUUUGACGGCGUUCACAUCGAGCGCGUUCGUGUUCUGGAAGACGUUGCUUUAUUUAGUGAUGUUCAUCGCACCUCCUGAAGGUUACCAGUCGUAUCUGCUCGAAGAGGCCGGUUUUUGGCGUUUGUUUUGGGUUUUUUGGAUUGCCGACGGCGUCUGGGUGGUGAUGCCGUUGGCGGUGAUGUGUGCCUUGUGGAGACGCAUCGUCUCCGCAAAUCACUAUCCCGGCAGCGAUAGUGAAGGUUUCAGUGGAAUAUUAUUAAGAUAG